AAGCAAGGUUCAACAUAUUGAAUCAUCUAGUUGGAUUAAGUUCUUUUUUUCUUUUUGAAAGGUAAAAACAAAAUAAAAGGAAUGAAAAAAUAUACAAUUACAGUGUGAGCAGUAAAAAAAAGUAAAUAGCAGCAGUGAGAAAUAAAAGGAAUGAAAAAAUGGAACGACGACGACAAGAUCCAACCGCAAACAGAAGAAGGCCGUUGUGGCGACCUAUGGCGACGCAAGGCGAAGCCCGCGGCGGCGAUGGCUCGGCAAAGGCCGUAGUAGCCGAACAAAUAUCGCAGACGGUGCAAUCCACAUCAAACCUUCUUCACCUCAUGCAACAGUCUUCUCCUUCUCAGGCUAAACUUGUUAAGCUUCCCAAGAACCUAUUGGCAAAGGUUUCCACUAUCAAGAACACAGAACAGGUUUUAGAGCAGUUGCCUCGGGUAAUAUCUUCUUUGGAUGCACAUAUGGAAAAUGGAUUACAAAAUGUUCCACAACUGAAGACUGUAGUUCAGUUACUUGCAAAUAUGGAAAGUAGCCAGCUUAGUUCACUAUCCCGGACUCAUGUUCUUGAUAAGGAGCAUGAACCAGAAAACUAAUCGCAGGGGACUUAAUAAUGGAACUUUCAUUGUUUGCAAGUUUGACCUCUGAUCAGUUCGUGCAGAAUUUUCAGAAGCUUUCGAUUGAUCAUCCUUGACUUUAUUAUAGCAGCUAUGUUCUCUUGUCUGUCUGCAAAUCAAAUAACAAAGUGCUGUCCUACCUUCCGAUAACGUAAAUGAUUAUUCAACUGUAGAAAGCUGUCAAUAUUGAGUUAUGACAAUGGGCCAAAUUUUCAGACUGGGAACAUUGUUCAAUGGGUUCAAGGGGUUCAAGGGCAGGCUAUUAGCUGAUUGAUGGAAAACAACUGUGAACAUAUGUGUGUGUACACAAUUUUAGUUUGUAGUUUUUGGUUUUUCAAUAUUGAUGAAUUGAACUUUUGCCAUUCAUUUUGUGCAAAUGAUGCAUAUUUAUUGAAAUCAAUUUCCUUUUUA